AUGGAAAGAUUACAAAGAUUAUUAGGUCAAGGAGCAGGUCUUGGCGGAGCAGCACCGCCUCAAACUGAUGGACCAGCAAUUGAUAAUUCCGAAACUGUUUAUAUUUCUUCACUCGCAUUACUUAAAAUGUUGAAGCAUGGAAGAGCCGGUGUGCCAAUGGAAGUUAUGGGGUUGAUGUUGGGUGAGUUUGUCGACGAUUUUACAAUACAGGUCUACGAUGUCUUUGCCAUGCCACAAUCAGGUACUGGUGUUUCCGUUGAAGCUGUAGAUGAUGUGUUUCAAACUAAAAUGAUGGACAUGCUUAGACAGACGGGAAGGGAUCAAUCAGUAGUAGGCUGGUACCACUCGCAUCCCGGUUUUGGCUGCUGGUUAUCAUCAGUUGACGUUAACACGCAACAAUCGUUUGAACAGUUGAAUAAGAGAGCUGUUGCUGUUGUUAUAGAUCCGAUUCAAUCGGUUAAGGGUAAAGUUGUCAUUGAUGCGUUUAGAACCAUUGACACCACUACAUUGAUGAUGGGUCAAGAGCCACGUCAAUCAACAUCCAAUGUUGGUCACUUGAAUAAACCAUCGAUUCAAGCUUUGAUACACGGAUUGAACCGUCACUAUUACUCAUUAAACAUUGAUUACCACAAGACUACAAAUGAUACAAAUAUGUUGCUCAAUUUGCACAAGAAGAAUUGGCAAUCAGGAUUGAAUCUUACAAACUAUAAUCACAAUGAAAUUGAAAACUUGGAGAGUACUGAAAAAAUGGUGAACAUAGCUAAGUUAUACAAUCAAAGAGUCAGUGAGGAGAAGGAGUUGACUGAGGAGCAAUUGAGAACGAGGUAUGUUGGUAAGCAGGACCCAAAGAAGCAUUUGUCAGAUACAGCUGAGAAAUUGAUCGAUGAUAACAUCAAGGUACUUCUAACUGGUGGAGUCGAUUCGUUGGCCAUUCGAUAG